UGCGGGGUGCGCGGCCGGCGGUGAGCGGGGGAAGCGGCGCGGUGACAUUUCCUGCCGGGCCGCCCCCGGAGCCGCUGCCCGAGCGGGGCCCAGGAUGGCAGCGCUGGGAGAACCAAGUCAGUUUUCACAAACACUGAACGGAGUCCCUCCCUCAAACCAAGUCAGCAGUGGAAUGGACCCCUUCCAUGCUUGUAGUAUUCUCCAACAGCUGAAGACCAUGUAUGAUGAAGGACAGCUGACAGACAUUGUGGUGGAAGUGGAUCAUGGGAAGACAUUCUCCUGUCAUAGGAAUGUUCUUGCUGCAAUCAGUCCUUAUUUCAGAUCGAUGUUCACGAGCGGCCUUACCGAGAGCACGCAGAAGGAAGUUCGGAUCGUUGGUGUCGAGGCAGAGUCGAUGCAUUUAGUGUUGAACUAUGCAUAUACCUCCAGAGUAGUGCUGACAGAGGCCAACGUUCAAGCUUUGUUCACUGCAGCCAGUAUCUUCCAGAUCCCUUCCAUACAAGACCAGUGUGCUAAAUACAUGAUCAGUCAUUUGGACCCACAGAACUCCAUUGGGGUGUUCAUCUUCGCUGAUCACUAUGGUCAUCAGGAACUCAAAGACAGGUCGCAAGACUACAUUCGCAAGAAGUUUCUGAGUGUCACCAAAGAGCAAGAGUUUCUUCAGUUGAGAAAAGACCAACUGAUAAGUAUCCUCAACAGCGAUGAUUUAAAUGUAGAUAAAGAAGAACAUGUUUAUGAGAGCAUUAUAAGGUGGUUUGAGCAUGAACAAAAUAAGAGAGAAGUGCACCUUCCAGAAAUAUUUGCCAAAUGCAUCCGUCUGCCUCUGUUGGACGAGACGUUUCUAGAGAAAAUCCCUCCCGUGUUUGCACAGGCGAUGGCCAAAAGCUGUGUACAGAAGGGACAACCCAGUGCCAAUGGCUACACACAGCGGCUUGGAAUGACCGCUUCCGAAAUGAUCAUAUGCUUCGAUGCUGCCCACAAACACUCAGGAAAGAAGCAAACAGUGCCUUGUUUAGAUUCGGUCACAGGGAGAGUGUUUAAACUAUGCAAGCCACCAAAUGACUUGAGGGAGGUGGGAAUUCUGGUGUCUCCUGAUAACGACAUUUACAUUGCGGGUGGUUACAGGCCGAGCAGCAGCGAGGUCUCCAUCGACCACCGGGCCGAGAGUGAUUUUUGGAUGUACGAUCACUCUGGCAAUAGGUGGAUUCCCAAGGCUCCUUUGCUGCGGGCUAGAAUAGGCUGCAAGUUGGUUCACUGCUGUGGGAAGCUGUACGCCAUCGGGGGGAGAGUUUAUGAAGGAGAUGGGCGCAACUCCCUCAAGUCUGUGGAGUGCUAUGACAGCCGGGAGAACUGCUGGACAGCUGUGUGUCCCAUGCCGGUGGCAAUGGAGUUCCACAGUGCUGUGGAGUAUAAGGAUAACAUCUAUGUUUUACAGGGGGAGUUCUUCCUUUGCUACGACCCUCAGAAGGAUUACUGGGGGUUUCUGACCCCAAUGACUGUGCCUAGAAUCCAAGGCUUGGCGACAGUGUACAACGACUCCAUCUAUUACAUAGCUGGCACCUGUGGCAACCAUCAGCGCAUGUUCACCGUCGAGGCCUACGACAUCGAGCAGAACAAGUGGACUCGAAAAAAAGACUUCCCGUGCGACCAGUCCAUCAAUCCAUACAUAAAACUUGUUCUCCUCAAAAACAAACUCCAUCUCUUUGUCAGAGCUACUCAAGUCACUGUUGAAGAACACGUUUUCAGAACCAGCAGGAAGAAUUCACUCUACCAGUACGAUGAGGUCACUGACCAGUGGCAGAAAGUCUACGAGACUCCAGACAGGCUCUGGGAUUUAGGCCGGCAUUUUGAAUGUGUUGUUGCUAAAUUGUAUCCGCAGUGUCUUCAGAAAGUUAUUUAAAUUCUUUUUUUGUUUUUUUUUUUUUGUUUUUUUCAGUAACAGGCCUUAGUGAUUUCAGUGGUAAUUUGAUGCUAGAGAAAACAUGUCUUAAAAGAAAACAAAGAAAUUCUGUCAGUAUUUAUUGUAAGAUGAAACAGACAGUUUUUUGUAUACGGGGAUGGGUGCUCUUUAAAGGUUGCAGUCUGGGGAGGGACUUACUGGUUCAGUUUCAUAUUUACUGAUGUUUUCCUGGGAAAUGAGAAGGAGGUUACAAAGUGCAAUUAUCAGCAUUUUUUUUCUGGUAAACACUUAAUCAUGUCAUACUUAAGGUUUUUUUUUUGUGGUGAAAGCAAAUUAAGUGGAAGAGCCAGGAUAACUAUGCACUACAGUGAAAGAAAAUCUAGCAUUAAUAGUUAAGGAUGUCCAAGAUGUGUUGAAGUGACUUUUCUUCUUUUUCUCUUUUUUUUUUAAUACGGGUAAAAUUUGAGGCAAUAUCACUAAGUUUUGUUGCUUUUUUAAAAAAUUUAUUUAGAUUGAAAGUACAUAGAGAGGAAUGGUAGAUCCUGAUUCAUAACGAUCUCUUCUUUUUGUACUGUUUUUGAAGUCUGCUAAGAUGUUUGUGAUGUUGUUUGUGCACUGCAAUUUGGAAGAAAAACUCAAGUCAGAAUUGGAUUGUGGAGUACCUUUGCCCCGGAUGGAGGCCUGUUCAUAUUGUUGUACCAGUUCCUGUCUGUGGAUUUCUGUUGAAAUUGAGUUUAAUAAGAGUGGGGGAAAAACCCCAAAACCUGUUUUUUGCCACAUAGGUGUAGUGCUGUACAAACAUUUUUUUAACACUGAUUAAAAACUUUUUUUUCCACCCCGUAAAGGGCUUUAACCCAAAAGUUGAUGGUGCUAGUACAUUUUUAAUACUUGUUUGUCUGAAUUGGGCCAGCCUUCUGCUACUGUUUAAGACAGCCUGUUAUUUUCCAUGGAGUGUGUGUCUGUCUUCAGGCCCUGUCCUGUCAUCAGAUUCUUUUCUAACAUGACAUUUUUACUGCAGUGGUGUUCUUGCACAGAAUGGUGACAGGAUAUGGCCUUAAUAAUACUAAUUCUCUUUUAUUUUUUCUCUUUGUGUGGAGUGUUCAUUCUCUCUCCACUACAGUACAGUGCUAUGUGCAGAGUUGGCAUGUGCUCUGGUGAUUUGGAAAAGUGUGGUUUAACUUUGCAAGUUGUUUUAUCUUUGCAGUCAAGCCCCCAACUAUCUUCUAUUUCCUUCUGAUCUAUAAUGUGAAAAAUUGCACUACUGAGCUGUCAGCAUUAUCCAGUGCAUUAAAGGAAAAUUGACAAUAAGCAUCCAUGGCUUAAAUAAUCUUAGGGGAAAUACAGAAUAAGGAAUAUAUUGCAACACUUAUCUUUAUGUAUUUAACAUUUAACUUAUUUUUAAAAAGUAAAUAAGUUCAAAGUUCAGCCUCUACUUCAGUAG